AUGGCCUCCAUUCUGCGGCAGAUUGUCGCCGGGCCCAGGGCAAGACACCCCGAGGCCGGGCUGGACCUCUGCUACGUGACCGACGACAUCAUUGCCACGUCCGGCCCAUCCCAGACAUACCCUCAGCUGGCCUACCGAAACCCCCUCGACCAGCUCGUCGCCUUCCUCGACUCCAAGCAUGGCGACGACUGGGCCAUCUGGGAGUUUCGCGCAGAGGGCACUGGAUACCCCGACGACGCCGUCUACGGCCGCAUCCGCCACUACCCCUGGCCCGACCACCACCCCCCGCCCUUUCGCCUCGUCCCCAUGAUCAUGGCCAGCAUGAGGAACUGGCUGCACGGCGGCCCUCUCGAGGGCGCCACCGCUGCUCGGCAGGAUUCCUCGUCUCUCUCACCGCCGCCUCCAGCCGCCAGCAACGCCGACGGCAAGGCUCUGGGAGCGGGAAAGAGGGGAAAGCGGGUCGUCGUCGUGCACUGCAAGGCCGGCAAGGGCCGCAGCGGUACCGCAACCUGCAGCUACCUCAUCUCCGAGCAGGGCUGGAAGGCGGAGGACGCGCUGGCCCGCUUCACCGAGAGGCGCAUGCGCCCCAGGUUUGGAGCCGGCGUCUCCAUCCCCUCGCAGCUGCGGUGGAUCGGUUACGUCGACCGCUGGACCCAAAACGGCAAACGCUACGUCGACCGCGCCAUCGAGAUCCUCGAGGUCCAUGUCUGGGGGCUCCGCAACGGCGUCAAGGUCGACGUUGAGGGCUUCGAGGACCAUGGCAGGAAGAUUCGCGUCUUCCACACUUUUACCAAGAAGGAAAGGGUCGUCGUCGAGGGCGACGUGCCUGCCGGCGGCGGCCUCGGCUCCAUCAUGUGGGAGUGGGCCGGCUACCCGGCUUCGGCCGCCGAAAAGGCCCCCGAAGGCGUCGAGCUGGCCAACGGCGCCAACGCCCGGGGAACCCCCCUUACUGCUGCUGCGCCCGACCGCCCCGAAACCGCUCCUCUCAACGAGAAGAAGCAUCACAUGCUGAAGCGCAAGGGCACCGACCUCAUCCAAAAGGUUUCCGCGCAGGGAUCCCGCCCGACGUUCGACAAGCGCAGGUCCAAGACCAUCAUCGAGCCGAGCACGUCGGCAGCGACGUCCUCCUCCUCCGUCCGCACGGAGCCGCCCGACGACGCGGAGCCCGGUGGCAUGGCCGUCAUCCUCAAGCCGAGCGAACCCAUCAGGAUCCCAACGAGCGACGUCAACAUCUCGGUGGAGCGGCGCAACAAGACGCCCAAGAGCAUGGGGCUCACCAUGGUGACGGCGGUCGCGCACGUCUGGUUCAACGCCUUCUUCGACGGCCAGGGCCCUGAGCAGGGCGGCACGGCAAACGACAGCGGCGUCUUCGCCAUCGACUGGGACGCCAUGGACGGCAUCAAGGGCUCGAGCCGCAAGGGCGCCCGUGCCCUGGACCGCCUCGCCGUGGUGUGGAGGGCCGUCGGCGAGGGUGCCGUGCCCGGCGCCCCGGCGGGCGAGGAGAUUGUCGAGCCGCCCGAGGGCCAGCCCGUGCCGCAGCUGCAGGCGGCCGACUGGGCGGGCGGCAACGCCGAGGGCCCCGAGGUGGAGCCGGACCUCGGCCUGCGGGUGCAGAGCCCCGCGAGCGAAGACGUCAGCAGGGCGAGCAGCCUGCGCAGCGCCGAGGGCGUGCCUGCCCCGCCGCGCAAGGACGGCGGCGAGGAUGACGGGGCGUCGUUGGAGGGAGUUCGGUGUAGCGGGCCGGCGGGGGAGGAGCUCCUCAACGGCGCCAAGGGGCGGUGA